AUGCUCACUCACUGCUUGUUGUUAGAAAGUGCAGAGACAGAAAAUGCAUCACACAGUGGUCAGAGUAUAGCUGAGAAUCUGUCGGGCUUAUGUCCUGCUAUUGACAUGGACUCUCAGCAACACCGCCUGCCUCUUGUUCCUCCGCCAUCAUUGUUGCAUCUUCAUUCAUCUUCCCCUUCCCAACAACACCUUCAAGGAUAUACUCAGCUGGGGCUAUCGCACAUUCAAUACCAUCACCAGCCUGCCAAUGUACAUGAUAUCAAUUCUGUCCAAGUGACCCCGCAGAUUCAACAUCAGUUUGCACUGCAUCAAAGCCCAGCCUAUCUUUCUUAUGCGAUAAACACUGCUCAACAGCAAAAUAGGGUAUCGGAUAACCUUGUAUCCACCUCUAUAUCACCCGUAAUGUCAGUGAGUACUGUUACUGAAGCAACUUAUAAUUCAACUACUUCUGGUGAGCUGGUCGCGUCGUCUCCGCCGCGUAUAAUCGAGCGUGUUCGUGCCAAUACAGAUAGUGGCACUUGCAAUGCCAACUCCAAAAAGAUAAUUCAUUCAAACAGCGUUUAUGACCAAAACCAAUAUAUGCAUACUGCUGCAUCUAUGCCAUUGCAGUACGUAUAUACUCCAUCUAAUGCUGUUCAUUUGAGUGCACAAUCAGCUGUCCUGCCUUCCCAACAGUAUUACGCACAGCAGCCAACCCAACAGAUUAUGUAUGCUCCACAUCAAAAUUCUGGGUUUCCCACCAGUCAUUAUGCACAGAUUGGGGUUGAUUUUCAUCAUCAAUUACUGCAAGUAUCGCCCACCAAUAUCUAUCCAUAUCAAGAUGCGGUUCAUCAUCCAUCACAGCUUCAGCAAGUUAUUCCAUUGCAACUGCAGCCUCAUACUCUGUUGCCUUCAUCCCAGUACCAAACCUUGAUUGGCUACCCUUAUGAAUCAAUGUCUAAUGGAUUUCAAGCCUAUAUGCCUCCCAUUUCAAUCCACUCAGUCAAUGCCUACAGAGAUGCGGCCCACCAAAGCAUGAUGGAUUCAACCGGUAUAUAUGCAUAUGAAAACCAGGCUAAUUCCCAGACUUUAUCCAGAAAAAAUUCACGACAGCCUUCACCUACGCCCCUCAUCACACCUCAUACAGACGAUGGUGUAGUUUCCAAAGCUUGUAAACCAAGACGUAAAUCACGAGCAUCCAAACGACUCCAUGUUUCAAGAUCGGAUCAAUCUGUGAUGGAGAAACAAAAUGCCCAACACUGCGACUUUCAGGCUGAGCAGUGCAAUGAGAGGAAUGACAUCAAUGUCUCUGCUGAGUUAUUUGAGCAAACUCCAUCUACAAAUGAUAUGAUUCAUUCUACAAUUGCAUCACCCACAAUGUCAUCCAAAUCGCAAUCAGACAAUGCAUCAUUCUCAACUACUGCAAUGAAAAUAUCGACCAGUUCCAAUUCUGGAGCAGAGUAUAAACUUUCAUCUACGGCAGCCACAUCUACCCCACUGUGGAUAGAUGGUUCUACAGAACUGUAUGCAGCACAUUUGGCUCGAUUAAAGCUUACCGAAGAAGCCAACAAGCGGAAACGCGAUCAGGUAAAAACCGCAUGCAUCAAUUGUCGCAAGGCAUGUAAAAAAUGCAGCCAUGAACGACCUUGUAAUCGCUGUGUAAUUCACGGUAUUGAGCUCUCAUGCACUGAUGUUCCUCGCAAGGAUCGAAUCAAGGGUCCAAAAAAGAAUCUUAAACAAACAAGAGCAGCAGCCAUGGCUGCUCAAAAAGAGUUGAAUUCUGUGGCUGGACAGUCACAUCUUUUAUUUUCAAACCCCAAUCAGCCGCAGAGACUUGGAAUACCUUUAGUAAGUGGGUCGUAUUCUCCACUCAAACAGUCGGCAAAGCAAGCGCAUUUUGUUGACAAGAGUCACUGUGUAUCCACAGAUAUACAAUCUGUACAGCCGUUUUUGAACAUGCCAUUUCCAAUGCAGAUAGGCAAUCAACAGGGAACACAAGAGAUGUGCACUCAAGAAAGUAUAAGCUACCCUUAUGACUCGGAAACAAUGUUUCUCACUGUGGCAAAACAACUUGGAUCAGACUCAAAUAUACCUGGCAUGAAUACCACGAAUGGACUGGUAGAAAGUACUCCAAUGUGCUUUUCUUUUACAUAUGCACCCAGUAUUUCCAUGCCUUUAAGCACCGAGUCCAAUUUUCAGCCCAGUGCUUCAAGCACUCUACAACCUAUACUACAAUCACCGAGAUCGCUGCUUCCCAUCCAAGAUCUAGUGACUGAACAUGCGUCCACCAGUGAGUCUACUGUAUACAAUAAGAAACAGCAUGGGUUUAUAUCUGGUAUGGCUGAAAUACCUGCGACAAGCAGCGCAUUGUUAUCUCCAGCAUCGCGUUUACCACAUAUCACAACAGAGCUGCCAUUAAUCUCGACACCAAAAGGAAAUGGGUUUUUGGCAGCUUCCUCGAGAACCCAACUCAGGACUAGUCAUAAUGAUUAUGUGGAUACUCAAAGCAACUUGAGUGUUGGUGCGUCCAUGUUAAAUCAACUUUCUAGCACUCAUGAAAUGACAAAUGACUGGGCACCAAGUAUGGCAUCUCGGUCUUUUCAAGAGACCAAAGAUGGCAACGAUCUUUUGCCUGAUAUGAUUACAACCAGUAUGAGAAUGUCAGCUGAAUCUAUUUCUCCCAAAGGUAUAUCAUCUCCACAGUCAAGUGCGAUUUUAUACAAAACACCUCUGAUGUAUACUACUCAAGGUAGAUUAGCCACAACCACUGAAAGUUAUUGCAAUGUACCGCUACAAGCUAGUCAUUUUACUUUUACUGAUGGUAGCCAACACGCUACUAUGGUGAAUUCUUCAAUUGUUUAA